AUGGUUGACUGUGGUCUUUUCGUGGCAAAGUUGAUGAGAAACAGUGGGUGCUUAGAUGAUUGUGCACGUAAAAUGAAGAAGAAGUUUGAGAGUCAAGAUGAGAGGCUUGAUCUAGCAUUGUAUUUGCUGAAUAACAAGGACAAUGAGAUUAAAGAUGUGCUUCACCGGAAAGUUGUAAUGGAAAGUGGUGAAAGAAUUGAUGAAGUUGAGGGUACUGCUGAGAGGAGCGAAACACCCAUAAAAGAUGGGAAUUUUACUACUUAUAAGCUGUAG